AAAAAAAAUGCAAUGAAAAGCCAUCCGUACCGAUUGAGGCCAAACACACCCUUCUUUCCUUUCCAAGUCCCCUCUAUUAUUGCUAUGUCUAUAGCAAUAACACAACUUUUACUUUCUCUCACAAGUCACAACCCAAGAAAACGGAGAACAACAAGCUCAACAUCAAGCAUAAUAAGAUAAAAGAAGCCAAGAGCUACAGGGAAAAAAAACAAAUUGAGGGCAUUGUUUGUUUCGAGGGAAAAUCAUGGAACGUGGCCGGAAAAUGAAGAAAGAGAAUGAAAAUUUGAAUUUUGAGGAGACCGAGUUGCGGCUAGGUUUACCGGGUGGUGGAAGAGGAGGUGAAGGAGAUCAUGUGGUGGUGAUGAGUACUAAUAAUAAUGGGAAGAGAGGGUUUGAGGAAGAUAUGGAUUUGAAGCUCAACCUCUCAUCCAAGGUGACUGCAAAGCCUCCUGCUGCCAAGGCACAGGUUGUGGGUUGGCCACCGGUCCGAUCAUUCCGAAAGAAUAUCCUGGCCGUCCAAAAGAGCAGCAGCGUGGAGGUACAUGAUGAGGUUAGUGCAGGUGCAGGUACAGCAACAGCAGCGUUUGUGAAGGUUAGCAUGGAUGGUGCACCUUACCUACGUAAGGUGGACUUGAGGAUGUACAACACUUAUCAACACCUCUCUCAUGCUUUGGCAAACAUGUUUAGUUCCUUCACCAUUGGAAACUGUGGAUCCCAAGGGAUGAAAGAUUUCAUGAAUGAGAGAAGGCUGAUAGAUCUUUUGAGUGGUUCUGAUUAUGUCCCAACCUAUGAAGACAUUGAUGGUGAUUGGAUGCUCCUUGGCGAUGUCCCUUGGGAAAUGUUUAUGAAUUCUUGCAAACGCCUGCGUAUAAUGAAAGGAACGGAGGCCAAAGGACUCGCACCAAGGGCCAUGGAAAAAUGCAAGAACAAGCUGAAGUAGGUAGUAAUCACCACCAGCCUUCUCCCUUGAUCUUCUUGAAUCCAUCGCGACAAAAGAAAAGAAAAAAAAGGCGACAAUGAGCAAAUGAGAUGAUUGACUAGGGCGAUUGAGCGUGUAUUAUGGUUUGUAUUAAUGCAAAAUAUAUAUAUAUAUAAUUUGUGUAUUAAUUUUGAAAAAACAGUAAGUUCUCUUGUGUUCCAAGACUUUGCAUUUGUCUUGCUAAUUGAAUUUAGUAGUACUAAUUGCUUGCUUAAUAAUAAUUGUAAUAAUAAUGUACUUCUUGUUGAUUGAUGGCUAAUUAUUA